UCCUGGAGUGGGCGGGCGGCGUAGCGGGCGCCUAUCUGUCGCGGUGCCCCGCUUGCCCCGCGGUGCCCGACUGCCACUGCGCGGCGUGCCCGCCUUGCCCGGCACUGGCCUCGUGCUCGUGCCCGCCGUGCCCGGCGUGCCCGGGCUGCCCGGGCGGGACCGCCGCGCCGGCAGCGCCGGCCUGGCCCCCGCCGGAGAGCCAGAGCUGCCCCGCGCCGACGGAGGUCGAGCGCGCCGGCGCUCCGGCCUGGGGCGGGCUGGGGCCAGGGUGGUGGCUGGUGCUCGGCGUGGCGGUGGUGCGCGGCGGGCUGAGUUGCGCCAAGCGGGACUGGGCCUUCGUCCUGUACGCCGACGACGAGCACUUGUGGCACCAGAGGCUGAUUCUGGGGCUCGUGGGGUUGUCGGAUUCUAGCUACGUCAUCCUGACCCCCGACGGCGACGUCUACGCGGAGGACUACGGGGACGACAGCGUGGACGUGGCCGCCGUCCGCUUCUCCGGGGCGUGGGCCGCGGUGCCCGCUGGGGUGCCUCCCGAGCGGGUGUACCGCUUCAGGCAGCAGCCGACAGCUCAGGAGCGGGCGCGGGCGCUGGCUGACGCCCAGGCGGAGGCACAGGCCGAGUGCCAGCGGAUCGCCGCCGCUCGGGGCGAUCCGGGGCUGCUGGCGAACCUCGUCUUCCUGCGGCCGCUGCCGGUGCCGGGCGGGGCUCCGGCCGCGCCGCGGGCUCCUCGCAUCGGGCCUCUGCAGGGGGCUGCGCCGGGCGCUGCCGCUGGGGCUCCUGUCGCCGAGUGGCGGGCGGCGAUGGCGGCCGGGCCCUUCCGGUACGGCGACGUCGUGACUGACCACGCGAGGAGUGGGCUGGCCGUCGGCAAGCGUGACAUCCACGUACUCCCGGAUGGCGUCGGGAUCUUCGUCGAGCACGUGGACCCGGCCGACGAGGCCGAGUUUUUCGAUCGGGCGGUGGCCACGGAUGCGCGGAUCACACCGAUCCGCCGCAACCGCCAGGACAGGCGGGAGCGGACCUGGGCGGAGAUGACGGCCGUGCUGAAGCAGGAGAGCUUCGGUGCCGACUGGCAGCUGCCGGGGCCGCGGUCGAGCUUGUGGUGCAUAGAGUUCAUCAACCAGGAGGGGAGUGGGCUGCUGGGCCACCACGAACGUUUCAAGACGGCCUGCCGUCUCGACUGGAACUCGCGGGGGGUCUUCGAGCAUUUCAACAUAUGCCAGGCCCUGACCCAGGGGCUGCUGGUGGACCAGCUGGACGGGAGCAACCUGAUCAUGGUCGAGUACCAGUUCCGGCGGCUCCAGACGAUAGAGUUCGGCCACCCGGAGCGGGCGAGGGAGGCGGAGUCGAAGAGCUACCAGGGGAAGAUGUCGUUGGAGGAGCAGCACGCGUUCGCGGGGACCACGAGGGCCUCGUCGACGCUCAUGAUCUGCCCGGACUUGCUGGACUACGUCCGCACCGAGGUGGAGCGGGAGGCGAAGCUGGCCAAGAACCUGAGAGUUGCACGAGAAGAGCGGGAGGCCCUCCGCAAAGGGCCCAAGGCAGGUGCUGUUAGCCGGUCGGUGCGGCAGCGGGUUGGCGCGCGUGCUGCUGUGGAGCUGGACUGUGACCGAGCGGUGCGCAGCCUCAACGGGAUGUUCUCGCAUGCGCCUCAGCCGGCUCUUGGCCAGGGCGCGCCAGCCUGUGCUUUCGUCUCGCGCGCGCAGCGCGAGGCCAUCGACUUCGUCGAGGAGUCGGCGCGGGCCCUGGGAGCGCCGCCCCCGGGGCUCACCCCCGCAGAGGCUCUUCGGAAGCUUCGCGUGGCGAGCUGGUACGACGUGGACUCUGCCAAGCUCGGAUCCUACCGCCCCGACGCGAUCUCACUGCCCUCUGGCACGGUUCGGCCGAUUCCGCUGGAGACUCUGUGGGGGAGCGGCGGGAGUGACACCGUGAAGGAUUUUAUAUCACAGAAUUUGCUGUGCUCCGAGAGGGCGAAGCAGCGACUGCAGGGCGUGGGGCUGGAGCGGGCGUACUCUGACCCAGCCUUGCGGCGUCGGGGUGCUUAUGAGGAAUUCAUUCGUAUGUUGCAAGAGCGUGGCCUCGUCGACUUCGCCGAGUCUGGCAUCGAGUCCGUCGAGGCCUUCUUCGUGGAGAAGAAAGACCAGAGGCUGCGCAUGGCGAUAGACUGCCGGAGGGCCAACGCUUGGUUCGCCGAGCCGGCCGGGGUGAGCCUGUGCACGGGCGAUGCCCUUUCAAGGUUGGAGCUCGGCCUCAACGACGAGCUCCACAUCCAGGGUGCCGACCUCAGCGACGCGUUCUACCACAUGGGCUUGCCUGAGGAGCUGAGGGGGUACUUCUCCUUCCGGCCCGUGCGCGCCUCGGCGGUUGGCAUCAAGCUCCUCGGCGGGAAGCCGCUCGGCCGGGGCGCUCUUGUCACGCCGCGCCUGGCCGUGCUGCCGAUGGGGUGGAGCUGGGCGCUGUGGUGGUGCCAGCGCGUGCACGAGCGCACCAGCGUCGAGGCCGGCGCCUGCCCCGAGCUGCGGAUCGUUGACCGCCGGCCGCCGCCGCCGAUGACGCCGGGCGCCCACCUGGAGUACGUCGACAACUUCAUCGCGAUCGGCACCGACUCCGAGUGGGUGGCGGCGCUCGUGCGGCGCGUGUCUGACGCGCUGCGCGCCCGCGGGCUCGAGGUAAAGGCCGAGGACCAUGCUGGCGAGCUGCCUGGUGAGUCGGAGGCGCUGGGGUGGUGCAUUGACCGAGGACGGUGCAUCGUGCGGCCCACGCGGGCCCGGCUGUGGCGUGCGCGCCUGGCCGUUCGAGGUGUCCUCGGUCGUGGCCGUCUUCGGGGACGCGACCUCGAGAAGCUCCUCGGGCAUCUGGUAUUUAUAUCUCUUAUCAAGCGCGAGGGCAUGUCUUUGUUCUGGAGCUGCUACGCCUUUGUCCGCAAGUGCUAUGACAAGGAGACCGGACUUUGGCCUGCUGUGCGGCGUGAGCUGGAGUACUGGGGCGGCAUCGCGCCCCUCUUGUGGCGCAGCCUCCGUUCGCCUUGGACUGACGAGCUCAUCGUGGUCGACGCGAGCGAGUGGGGCAUCGGGGCUUGCGCUGCCCCUGCCCCCGCCUCGCUGGUGCAGAGGCUGGGCCACGUCUCCGAGCGCUGGAGGUGGCACCAUGGGCUGGCCGGCUCCGCGCCACGCCGGCACGCGGGGGCCGCAGCGGCCGCCGCCGCGCUGGCAGGCGACCCCGCCGACGCUGCGCCGUGGAUGCUGGGGGCCGCCGGCACAGCCGAGGGGGCCGCCGGGAGCGCGUUCGACGAGGUGCCGCCGGACGUGAUCAAGCUGCCCUGGCGCACCGUGGGGCGCCACCGCUGGCGCUGGCCGGAGGAGAGCAUGCCGGUCGCCGAGGCGAGGGCCGUGCUGCACGGGCUCCAGCAUCUCGUGAGGGCCUCGCGGCACCGCGGUCGGCGCGUCGUGGUGCUGGGCGACUCCUUGAGCGCGGCCGGGGCCGUGGAUCGUUUCAGGAGCAAUUCUUGUAAAAUGCUCCGAGUCACUCAGGCCAUCGCCGCCGUCACCCUUGUUACUGCCACUACCCUCCACUACCGCUGGCUGCCCUCAGAGUGGAAUGCAGCCGACAACCCCUCGAGGGGGCGUUUCUCCCCCUCGACCCCCCAGCCGCUGCUGCCUCGGGCCAAGGCAGGCGCGGCGGGGCCAGGCGCCGCUGGGCCGCCCGGGAAGCCUGCCGAUGUUGGCGCGGGCGCGGCCGCCCGCGGCGCCGCCGCGCACCCCGACGGCCUCGGCGACGCUGACCCGGUCUACGUUCAGGCCACCGGGGACGUCGAGCUGCCGGGCCUGAGUGUGCUGGAGACGGGGUCGAUCACGGCGGCGACGCGGGCGCAGUACGUGGAAGCCUUCGACGGCUUCCAGGCUUGGAUGGCACGGCAGGGCGUGCAGCCCACGACGCUGGACGACUACGACGAGCAGCUGGUCCUCCGCCUGGACGAGCUCUACCUGGACGGCGAGGGGAUCGGGGCCGGGCAGAAGCUCUUCGCGUCGGUGCUCUUCUUCCUGGGGCUGACGAAGGCGGCGGGCUCGCCGAUGGCGCGAGCGCGGCGGGCGCUGCGCGGGUUCCGUCGGUUGGCGCCGCCUACCUCGCGGCUCCCGCUCCCCUUCGAGUUGCUGGGCGCGCUGGUGAACUACCUCGUGAGCGUCUCGAAGCUCGAGGCGGCGCUCGUGCUGUGGCUGAGCUUCGAGCUGUACCUGCGCCCAAGCGAGCCGUACCACAUCCGGGCCACCGACUUGGUUCGCCCGGCUCGCGGCCGCCUGGGGCACGACAGCUGGAGCGUGACUCUGCACGCCGCCGAGACGGGGGUGCUCUCGAAGACCGCCGAGUACGACGAGGCGCUGAAGCUGGACCUGCCGCGGCAGGAGCUGCUGGGCCCGGCGCUGGAGGCCUCAGUGACCGCGCGGCUCGGCCCCGACUGGCGGAGGCCUCGCCCCGCGGCGGCGCGCGGCGCCGCCGCGGGCGGCCGCGCGAGCGGCGCGGCCCCGGAGCCUCUGCUGUUCGCGAUCACGCAGCGCGAGGUCUCGAGCGCCCUCUCGGCCGCCGCCAGGGCCCUCGGGAUCGAGAAGUUCCUGCCCGGCCUGCACCCUUACAUGCUCAGGCACGGGGGCGCGUCUCACGACUACGGCAGCAAGGCCAGGUCCCUCGUCGACGUCCAGCGCAGAGGCCGGUGGCAGUCGUGGCAUUCGGUCCGCCGAUACGAGAAAGGCGCUCGCCUGUCGCAGGUGCUGCAGAUGGUGCCCGCUGCGAUGCAGGUGUUCAGCGGGUCCGGGCGCCUGGGACGGGCGAUCGCCGCUGAAGGGCUGCCCGUCCUGCUUUGGGACAUCUGCCUGGGCCCCGAGUAUGACCUGCUGAGCCCGCAGAAGCGUGGGCUGAUUCGGUCCUGGGUUCGAAGCGGGCUCGUAAUUGGCAUCCACCUCGGGACGCCCUGCAACACGUGGAGCCGCGCGCGGGACAUCCCGCCCGGACCGAUGCCGCUGCGAAGUGACGCCUUCCCUCUUGGCCUUCCCGACUUGAGCGUGAAAGAUCAGGCCAAGGUUGAUGCAGGCAACGUUUUCAUGAUUUUCAGCGCUGGCCUCAUGCACGAGGCCAUCAGGGCCAACAUCCCAGCUAGUAAUGAGAAUCCCCAGACGAGCCGACCUUGGCUCGCCCCUCCUUUCGUCCGCCUGCUGCGCUCGUCGGCCGUCACUUUCACUGUCACGCAUUUCUGUCAGUGGGGAGCGCCGUGGCGAAAAGCCACGGCUUUCGCCACAGUCAACCUCGAUAUGAGUCGCAUCGGUCGUGCGCUGUGCAAGUCGUCCAAGAGAGGAAUUUGUUCCCGCACUGGCUUGCCGCACGCCCAGCUGCAUGGAAAAAACGUGGAGCGCGUCUUUAAAACCAAGCUGGCCGAGGCUUACCCUCAGCGGUUGUGCAACGCCCUCGCCCAAGCCUAUAGUAAUGCCGUAAUAUCUCACAG